CCGUCCGCUCGAAACGCUCGAAACGCUCGAAACCCGGAAUCUGGCACAGUGACGACAGCAAGGACGACGCGCCACACGCACGUUACCUGCACGGCAUCGAGAAAUCGACAGAAAGUGCAACACUACUCAGCUCUCAGGCACAUUCGAGAUCUGAUACCGACCUAAUACCGAACGGCAUCAAAGAUGAAUAAGGUGGAUUAUAUGGAGGUGACCCUCCCAAACUACUCGUACAUCUUCAAUUUCGAGGAGACAUUUAGAGACUAUCACUAUGAGACGAAGCAGUGGAUGAUAAAAAACUGGACGAAUGGCUUCUACUACUGCGGACUGUACAUGAUCCUGAUAUUUGGCGGGCAACACCUCAUGGCCAGCAGGCCAAGAUUCGAACUCAGGGGUAUACUGUGUAUUUGGAACACGUUACUGGCUACCUUCUCCAUCAUCGGUUUCACCAGAACUGCGCCUGAAUUGAUCCACGUUCUCAGGCAUCACGGAUUACACCACAGCAUUUGCAUACCAAGCUUCAUCGAGCAGAAUUGCGUGUCGGGUUUCUGGACGUGGAUGUUCGUGCUGUCGAAGCUGCCUGAGCUUGGUGACACGAUCUUCAUCGUGUUGCGCAAACAGCCACUGAUCUUCCUGCACUGGUACCACCACAUCACCGUUUUAUUGUAUUCAUGGUUUUCGUACUCGGAGUAUACCGCAUCCGCACGAUGGUACGUCGUGAUGAACUACUGCGUCCACUCGAUCAUGUACAGCUACUACGCUCUCAAGGCUAUGCGGUAUCAGCCGCCCAAAAUGAUCUCUAUGGUGAUCACCGCGCUGCAGCUUGUCCAGAUGGUAAUCGGUUGUGCCAUCAACAUAUCCGCCUACCAGUACCUGGAGAGCGGCCAAGUGGACUGCCACAUCACCCGUAUGAAUAUUAGCUUCAGCUGCGCGAUGUACUUUAGCUACUUCGUCCUGUUUGCGCAUUUCUUCCACAAGACGUAUCUGGCUAGGAAGAAAACGGACAAGAAGCACUUUGCCAACAGCGCGCCUGGUCACAUCGAUUACAACGAUAAGCUCAAAGCCAAUUAAGGCGAAAUACGCGGCACAUUCGGGCGCCUGGGCGUUCCUCUCCCUUUUCUCUACUAUCUUUCCCUCUACUCUAUGCUUUCUCUCUACUCUUCUUUCUCUUUCCCAAUUUCUUUCUCACGCCGCUGGUCGACGUAGCCAUACGACGUAUCCAGGAUCUAUCGUGCUAGGAUAUAAGGUGCGUUCUCUCGGCUUUAACGACUUCUAGGAUUGACGCGGUUCAGUGACACCUGAACUGCUGGGCUAAUGAAGCUUUCUCGAACUGUGAUGCGAGUUUUCGAAUCGAAUAAUGGUACUACAUAAUUCGUAGUGCUAUUUAAACAUUUACAUUAGUUGUUUCAUCAAACAAGUUUGUUAAUUAGAUAUGUAAAGAAUUGAUUGGUACGAUUGUAUUUUUGUACUUUCAGUUAAUUUGUACUUAAAUUGUUUUUAUGUUACUUCUAUUAAUAACAAUAGAAUGUGUAACAUGUACUCUCUUUUUUCACUCUUAUGAAAGAGAUUUCUGCGGGUCCUUGAAAAUGUAAGUUUGGCUGUGCAUGCAUCGGAAUCUUUGGAUUCCGGAACAUGGAAUUGUUGACGUUCAUUAUUAAAGUUACAUAGAGCCUAAAGAGCACACGGAACUAUUUUCAAUCCAUAGGUGAUAUAUAUAGAUAGAGCUAUAAAACACACACACACACACACACACACAUCUAAAUUAAUUUUAGGAUUCGUAUAUACACGUGUAUAGAAGAAUUCAUACACAUUGUAGGAAUAACGAAAUCCAAAGUUUAUUAAGAUUCGAGAAAUCAGAGUUUUUAAAACUUCUCAGAUUCUAGAAGCCGUAAAAGUCCUCUAGAAGUCAUAGAUCUUGGGUGCGAUGUUUCUCAGGAUCCUUACAUCCUAGGGUUCAUCAGGUAGGACUUCUGGAAUGCAGAAACCGCAUAUAAAUACUCGAGUCCUUAGAUCCCAAGACAAUUAAGAUAUGCAUUUCUCUCAGGAUUCUUAGAUCCUAAAACUACAGGACCGAGUAAGAACGAUGAAUUCGUACAUCUUCGAGUGUAUAGAACCUAAGAUUUACAUUACACGGGAUCUUUAGAUCCUACGAUCCGUCGAUCCUAGUGUCUAGGUUUUCUCAGGAUCCUUAGGGCGUAGGGUACAUAGAUUCUAAUCAAGGAUCCAUAGCCAAUUAGCGUUCGUCUAUACGCGGAGGGCAUCUCGAAGAGGAGGUUCGCUCGCGAGAAGCGGCGAUUCUCCUUUUCAUUUUUUUAUAUAAUAUAUGUAAUUUAAUAAAGAGCUACUUUCACAUGUGUACUGUGGAAGCGCGUGCAUGCGCGUUCGUGCAUGCGCGUUCCUCAGGCCCGACCGGCUGUUGCACAAUUGUUAUUAUGAUUUUGUUACUAUCUAUGACUAUAUCUUUUGCAAUUGAAUAUUGAGAUAUUAUUUAAUAAUAAUUUAUAAGAUCAGA